UUCUGUACCAGUUUGUCAAUUUGGUUUCCCUUUCGAGGUUCGUCUUCGAAAACUCGUAAAGCUUCUCAUGGAAGCUGACGCUCCUUUCUUGUGUUAACUAGAAAAAAAGAAAAGGAAUUAUUGUCGUUUUGUUUUUCGUGUCGAUUUCGGGGCUCGGACGAUUGCCUGUAACUGCGAGUCAUGACUCGACCUCCGCCGCCGAGUUUGGGCGUCUCUUCUGCCAAGCAAUUAAGCGUUUUUGAUUUCACUGUGGAUGAUGAGCGUGUUGAGAAAAUAUCUGAGAAGAUUCUAAGAAAAUUUGCAAAACCUAAGAGAAAGAGAGACCUCCCCUUUUCUCCGAUCACCAAGUAUAAGUUCCUUGAGUGUUUUGCAGGAUGCACCCAGGCUCAAGAAAAGGAAAGUGCCAACGAACCUUUCAUUGUUGAUAAUGACCCUAUUAUUCUUGACGAUGAACCUAUUGAUGUUGACAUGGGAAUUUCUGGAGGGAUCAAGGCUCUAACCAAGGAAAUUAUUGGUGAAUCAUUAUAUAUAGAUGCUAAUGGUGUAAGCCAUCCUCACAAAGUCUCUGUUUCACCUCCUGUGUUCACUCUACAAGAAGAUGGUGCAGUAAAGGAGACUUCUUGUGUGGAUGCAUUGAUGCUAUCCGGUUUUCCAAAUUAUGAGUUGCAGAACAAGUCAGUGGAUAUGAUUUCAGAUGAUGAUGAUGGAAGUGAAACAAGCUAUGCAUUGGUUUCCCCCUCUACUCAUGAACGAAUUGAAGUUCCAUUAAAAGAUCUAGCACCGGAGUGUUCUUCUGUUGGACAUACUAUUGAUAUUUUAAACAAUAAAGUUAUUGUUUUCCCCGAUUUUAUCUUAUAUGAGGACAUAUAUAGUACAGAGUCCCGCUUAACUUUCUCGAGAAGUUGCAUCAGAGUUGAGGGUUCCACUGUAAAUGGGGCCAAGCAAACGUUUAAUGUUGAGUGGGCUAUCAGCGAUAUUAUUAGUAUUGAAUCUGAAUGGUGGGGGAGGGUUGAGACUGCUAUGAUUAAUCUCUUUCUUAAGCCAAAGGUUUCUGAAGCAGGUGGAAAUGCUAAUGAACCAUCAGGCCUUGACAAGUUGAAGUUUUCAGUUUAUGAUCCUUACUGGUUUGAAGGACAGGAAGCUAUCAAAUCAUUGGAUGAGAGAUAUAGAGACACAUGGAAUGUUACUUUGGAUACUGAUGGGGAAAAGGAUGAUGCUGCCUUUUCAGUGGCCAACAGUGUGUCCAUCCCAAAGCCUCAUCUUAAUAUCUUUGAUGAGCCUUUUGAAGAUGUUAUUUAUCCAAAAGGGGAUCCUGAUGCCGUUGCAAUUAGUAAGCGAGAUGUGGAGCUUCUGCAGCCUGAGACAUUCAUCAACGAUACUAUCAUUGACUUUUAUAUAAAAUAUUUAAAAAACAAAAUUCAACCAGAGAAGCAGCAUCAGUUUCACUUCUUUAAUAGUUUCUUCUUUCGGAAGCUCGCUGAUCUAGACAAGGACCCACGUAAUACUUGUGAAGGCAGGGCAGCUUUUCAACGUGUUCGUAAAUGGACAAGAAAAGUGAAUCUUUUUGAGAAGGAUUACAUUUUCAUUCCUGUAAACUACAGUCUACACUGGAGUUUGAUAGUCAUUUGUCAUCCGGGUGAAGUGGCUAAUUUUAGAGAUGAAGAAAUUGAAAGGGCACUUAAAGUACCAUGCAUCUUGCACAUGGAUUCUAUUAGAGGAAGUCACAGGGGCCUCAAGAAUCUUUUUCAAAGUUACCUAUGUGAGGAGUGGAAAGAGAGGCAUACUGAAACUCCAGAUGAUGUAUCUUCAAAGUUCUCACAUUUGCGGUUUGUUCCACUUGAGUUGCCACAGCAAGAAAAUUCAUUUGACUGUGGCCUCUUCUUGCUCCAUUAUGUGGAACUGUUUCUCGAGGAAGUUCCUAUUAACUUCAGCCCUUUCAGGAUAACAGAAUAUUCAAACUUUCUUAAUAGGAAUUGGUUUUUACCUGAGGAGGCUUCUCUUAAACGGGGACGCAUUCAGAAGUUAAUUUGUGAAAUUCUUGAAGAACAGUCUCAGCAAGUUCCUAAAGUGGAAUCCAUCAACAAGUAUCCUUGCUCCCAAUUUGGCAAUGCAAAUAAGCAAGAAACUGGAUCAGAGUUCCUUGAAGUGCGAAGCAGUUCGCCGAAAAUGUGCCAGGGCGAUUCCUGUGGUCCUAGUACUGACAUUGGGAUAUCACUUCCAUCAGCCUCUCCUCUGAGAGUGGUGCUACAACAAAUUAAACCAGGAAUGAAUUCUUGGGAGAUGUUUGAGCCAGAAACUAGUGCUAGACUAUCUUGCGGUAGAAAUUACUCUUGGAUGGAAUCGUGUUAUGUAAAUUCUAUGUCGCCAAUAGAGGAGGCAGAAGAAAAUGGUGAGCAAAUUCCUGAUUCAUCAUCAGAUAAAGAAGAUUAUUGUAAACAGAACUGUGUGCAGGCUGGGGAACCUACUGUUGAUGACUCAAGUCCUGAAAGAUACAUCAGUGGGUCCCAGAAAUCAUCAGAAAUAGGGUUAGAUGAUCAGGCAACUUCUCCAACUUCAUCCGAGGACCUCACAACCUAUAUUGUUGAAGAUUCUCAAGGGACAAGCAGCAUGGACGAGGGAAACGAUCAUGCCCUGUCUGAUGAAGAGUUCAACUCGAUGGAAAACAUCAUCAACAAAAAUAAUGUACGGAGGAGCAACGAAGGUUCGGUUUCAGAAUCAGAUGAACAGUCUGCUAAAAAAGCUGGUAUCUCCUGAAGGUGGAAGAUGAAUCAGAAGGAGCCUGUUGCGCUGUAAAUAGCAAUAUUUUGGAAGUACAUAUUGUGAAGGCCUUGUAGAUGUUGUGGGGGGGGGGGGGGGGGGGGGGGAAGAGCAAAUAUUUAGCUUAUAGAUAGGCAAACAGGAGAAGGAUACAGAGAAAAUGUAAAGAGAUGACCUUGUUUUUGUAAGGGGGAUACUACCCCAGAUGGAUGGAUGGAUGAAGAAAUACUUGAUGGAAGUGAAAUGUCAAUCUUCUGAGUGCUACGCUUUUAGCACUGUAACAGUUUUCCUUUA